AUGAAGAAAGAUGGGGCAGAUUUCAACAAACUGACACCCAAAGAAAUGAACAACUUUCGUCUUAUGACGCAGCUGAUAGAGCUAAAGAAACACAAGAAGGCAUUCAAAAUAUGCGAACAGAUACUGAAGAAAUAUCCAAAAAAUGGAGAAACGUUAGCAGUAAAGGGUUAUUUACUGAACUUGAUGGACGAGAAAAAUAAGGAAGAGGCUUUUAAACUUAUAAAAGAAGGAAUAAUAAAUAAUAUAUCCAGUGGUUUUUGCUGGUAUUUAUAUGGAUGUUUAUACAAAAUUUAUAAAAAUUAUGAUGAAGCUUUGAAGUGUUACUUGAAAUCUAUCAAGAUUAAUCGAUAUGAUUAUAAAGCUUUAAAAGAGGCAUGUAUACUUUUACUAUAUUUAAAAAAGUAUGAACAAUUUAAGGACCUGCGGGAAGAUAUGUAUAAAGAUACCAUCAGAGGGGUAAGAGAUAAAGCCAUUUUAAUUUUCUCCUAUCACCUUAUCGAAAAAUAUGAAAAAUGUUUUUUUUUAAUAAAUCAAAUGGAAGAGGAUUUGAGAGCCAAGACAAAUUCUACUGAUCCAGUAAGGGGGAAUGAUUUAUCAACUAGUGAAAAACAUGAUCUUUUAGUAUACAUGGCUGAAAUACUGUUAGAAGGGAAGAUGUACAAAGCGUGUAUGAACUUUCUAAAGACACAUGAAAAAGAACUGUAUGACAAGUUCUGGUAUAACAAAAUGGUUGGCUUGGUACACCUUUUUGAAGAUAAUUUUGUGGAGGCAAAUUUAUUUUUUAAAAGGGCGUUCGAGAUGAAUUAUGAAAAUCUGAAUGUACUUUUGUUAAUUUUAUUUACAGAAAGGAACUACAAGUUAGGUGGAAGUGGAAGUGGCAGUAGCAGUGGCAAUAGCAGUGGUAGUGCCAUUCCUUCAGGUGUGAAAGUUGAACAUGACAACGUGGAAGAGUCUAAAAAGGUAGAGCCUGAGCAAGGGAUGGAUAGUGAGAAAAAGAUCAAGACGUUGUCUAGCCUGUUCUAUUUAGACUAUAAAGAUGAACACACAAUGGAUGAAAAGGUAAAUAUUAAGGAGAGUGUUAAAAUACUUUUACACGAAUUUAUUUUAGAUAUUUAUGGAUCGAAUAGAAAUUUAAAGCUACUCUCCAAGAAGGAGAAAAAUAUUUUGAAUGAUUAUGUAUGCCAUAAUUUGGAAAUGAAAAAAUAUGACAUUUACACAAUUUCAGAAUUUAACAAUUUUGUGAAUAUAAAUUUAGUAGAUGAAGCAAAAUUUAAAGAAAAUUUACAUAUAUCAAAUGUAAAUGAAUUCAUUGAUUCUUUAAGGGAAAGUAUUAAAAAAGAAGUGAAUGAAAUUUCGAAUAUAGAUGUGUACUCAUAUACCAACAUUCACUGGUCAGAAAAAUUGGGAGUAGACUUACUAUACUGUCAUAAAAAAAAAUUUGAAAAAUGUAUGGAUAAGAUUCAUUUUUAUAAAAUAAAGAAUUUAAAUGAUGAAGAGGAAAAUUAUUUCGAAAAUUAUUUUAAAGAUUUACAAAAAGUGUAUAAAAGUUCAAAUUUAUUGAAAAUAUUUCCCCUCUAUUUUUAUAAUGAAAAAAAAUUUUCAUUUCAUGUACAAAUAUUACUACGUAGUUUAUGUUUUCAGAAAUGUUUAACUGUCUUUAGUUAUUUUAAGCCAUUUUUUACAUAUAAAAAUAUUAAAAUAAUUCUUUUUUUGCUUCAUAAAUAUAUUGAAAAUUAUGACAAGUCCAAGGAUAUAUCCCCCAUUAAGUGUGGAGAAAUGAUUGAUGGUAACUAUAUCUGCGCAUAUUUUGAAACAGGAGAGCAGUUAGGUCAGAUGGUUGAAAAAGUUGGAGAACACCGUCGUGAAGAUACUAUCGAAAAGCGGGAGUUUUUGUCUGACCAGGAUCAUAAAAACCUUACGUAUGAGAAAACAAGAAAUGUGGAAAUUACUAAUGUGCACGAUAAUGAUAAUCUGGAAUGUGUGAAUGACAUGUCCCUUGAAAAAAAAAUGAAUAGUGGUACGAAUGAGACACAGCAAUUGAGAAAUGAAAAGCUAGUGGAUCGAUUCUUAGAAGAAUCGGAUGAAAUAAAAAGUAUUGUGGGAAUGGCAUCUCACAUGGGAAGAGGAGGCAAAGAAGAAGAAGAAUCGAAAAAGAAGAAUGAAAACAAAAGCAAUAUCAGAAUUAGUAAAAAAAACAAUGAGAAUAAGGAAGAAAAAAAAGAAAUAAAACUUGAUUUAAAAAAUAUGAUUCUGACAGAUGAGGAAAAAAAAGAAUAUUUCAUGUUAUGCAUUCAUUCGUUUAUUAGUCAGUUAUAUGAUUACAUAAAUUGCGCAAAUGAAUCGCUAGCCCUUAUUGAAAAUAGCUUGAACAGAAUCACCUUCAAAAUUAAUGAAUGUGUUAAACACGAAUUGAUUUUUAUAAAAGGAUUAAUUUAUAAACGAAAUGGAAAUUAUUUAGAUGCAUACAGAUACCUGGAAAAGUGUAGAAUCGCGAAUAUAGGGGAUAGGUUUAUUAACUCGAAAACAAUUAAAACUUGUUUGAAAUGUGGAUUGAUAAAGGAUGCAAAAAAAAUGGCUUCUAUAUUUACUAACCCUCUGGACAACAAUUUUAUGAAAAAUAUAAAUGAAACGCAAUCCUUUUGGUUGGAAUACAGCAUUUCUAUGAGUUAUUUUAAUAAUCAUCCAAAUAUACACCUGGGAAGGUUCCUCAGCUUGGGAUUUGACAGUUUGUAUGACUUUGGAGAUGAGGAGCAGGGGAGUGACAUAGAAGGUACAAGUAGGAUAAAUGGCAUAGGAGGUAUAAGUGGGACGAGUGGGACAAGUGACAUAGGAGGUAUAAGUGGGAUAAACGGGAGAAGCGUUACUGAUGUGGAAAACCUACAAAAGAGUCCCAAUGUGGGGAAGGGUGAACACAAGAAUGACAAAAAAAUCAACGGAAAGCAAAAACUAAACUUACGGAAAAGUAUCCUAGUGGAUAAUGAUAUGCUGGGACGAAAUGAAUUUAAUGACUACAGCAGAGGGUUACAUUAUUUGCAUAUGGGACAUAAGCAAUUUAUGGAUAUCCAUGAAGACCAAAUAUGCUUUUAUUAUUACACCAUAAGAAAAGUACUAUAUAGAUCAUAUAAGCAUUUAUUACAUAUGACAAGUGAAAUAUUUUCAAGCAGAUUUUAUAGAAAAUUUGGAAAAAGUUUAAUUAAAACUUUAUUAUACAUGCACGAUUUUGGAUUAUUAUACAAAAAUGAUUUAAAUAAAAAUAGCAAAAAAAAAAACAAACCAACUGCUACUAAUCAGGAAGAAAGUGAUAUUUAUGAACAUAUAAAAAAUGACCCAAUAGAUAAUGCUAUGAUAUAUAUGAAAACGUUUUUAUCGCAACCGAAUGUUGACCUUUCUCUGUACAAGUUGAAAUAUGAUAUUGAGUGCAGGUCACCAGUCCCUUUUGAUAGGAUGACUGAAGAGUUAAGAAAAGAAAUCACAACAAAGUUAAACGAACUUUUGGGAUUAAAUCAUUCGACAUACAAUGAUGAGUUGUUAAAAGAUGUUCGAAAAAAAUAUAUGCAAGACUUUAUAAUUUUUGGUAACGAGUAUAAAAAAGGUGACUUGCGAUAUUACCAAUCAGCCCUAGAAAUGUACUUGGACUGUAACGAAAAAAUAGAAGAAAAUCUUUUGGAAAGGUUUAACAUUGACCCACAAAAAAAUAAAUUAACAAGAUGUUUUAAAUUUCUCCGAUUUUUAUACAAAAGACAAGAGAAAUGUUCACAGUUAGUUGACCUCUUAAGCCAUUUUAAGAUCUGCUGCAGAAAAGUAUUCCCACUGGCUACAGCUUUCCAAUAA